UGUUCUGUGUGGAGAGAGCGACGGAGUUUCUCUCAGCCCAGAUGUGUAAUAGGCGCGCGGUUUCCAGAGGCGCGGUUAUAAAGCGUCCGUUAUUUAUCUGACUACUUUCAACUGUUCUCCUUUUCAGUAAGGAACUGCUCGUCGAGCCUCACGCGCACGGCAGGCAGCAAGACAAUCAAAUCAAGGAGUGAUCCCUUAUGAUUGCUCUGAAUCGAAUGUUCAUCUUUCAGUGAGCUAUGAGAUUGCUUCAACCCUGCUCUCAGGAUUAAUUCCUAUGUAAUCGUUCUUUGUUUCCCCCUCUGAUCCAAUAUCUGUCUCCAAGUGUAGGCUAAGCUUGUUCUGUGGUCAUGGGGUGUAUCAUUUCAUUUUUGCCUAGGCUGUUGAGGGUCUUGACCGUUGUGUAAAAGCGGAUACCGCGUGGAUAUAUGGUCUUCACAGACAAAGAGCCAACGAAGGGAAACUAGUGGAAGUUUGAGACCAGGAAGAAUGCAGGCGAAGUGUUGGUGUGUUGUGUUACUCCUGACGCCAGCGGUUUACCUGGUGACAAGUGUUCAUGCUUCCAAGGCGGACCUCCUAAAGUCGGGAAGCCCCAAGUCGACGUUAAAACACAUAUGGACAGAAAGCGGCAAGGACCUGUCAAUCAGCAGGUUGCUGUCACAGACUCUCCAUGGCAAAGAGAACACCACGGCCCUGGACCUGCGCUACGACACCCCGGAGCCCUACUCCGAGCAGGACCUCUGGGACUGGCUGAGGAACUCCACCGACCUCCAGGAUUCUAGACCGAGAGCCAAGCGGCGGCCUAUGGUCAAGACGGGCAAGUUCAAGAAGAUGUUCGGCUGGGGAGACUUCCACUCCAACAUUAAGACGGUCAAGCUUAACCUCCUCAUCACAGGGAAGAUCGUGGACCACGGCAACGGAACCUUCAGCGUUUACUUCAGACACAACUCCACAGGCCAGGGCAACGUGUCUGUGAGUCUCGUCCCGCCAACCAAGAUCGUGGAGUUCGACGUGGCGGCCCAGCAGUCCGUGAUUGACGCCAAGGACUCCAAGUCCUUCAACUGCCGCAUAGAGUACGAGAAGGUGGAGAAGGGCGCCAGGAACACGCUGUGUAACUUCGACCCGUCCAAGACGUGUUACCAGGAGCAGACUCAGAGCCACGUCUCCUGGCUCUGCUCCAAGCCUUUUAAAGUCAUCUGCAUCUACAUCUCCUUCUACAGCACUGACUACAAGCUGGUGCAGAAAGUCUGUCCGGACUACAACUACCACAGUGACACUCCCUACUUCCCUUCUGGCUGAACACGCCUACAACAACAACCCCAAUGUGAAGGACCAGAGAGUUACAGAGUGGGCCUUCUUCUUCUUUUUCCCCACCCAGAGAAAUAUAUGUUAGCUGUACUGUUCUGAAAAUAAAAGAAUGUGUAAAAUGAAUUGAUUAUCUAUUUAUAAAAUUAAGACAAUACAGAAAGUAAAGAUUUAUGGGGCAGUGAUACAUUAUACUAUGACUAAACAAAUAAUAUCGAUUAUAAUUCAUUUGUUUUAUAGGUUUCAUACCUUUUUUCCAUCAGUGAUUUCAUAGAUGCAUCAUGUGUACAUAUUUGGGGUUGAUAGUUCCAUUUGUAACUAAGUAAAAUCAGCAUUUCAUGUAAGUCUUAUUAGUUUGUAACAACUUGUUAAUGUUAUCGAUAUGUUAUGUUAAUUUGCUUGGUCCAGUUUGAUUCUAGGCGCUUAAAUUUUCUCCUUUUAGUAUUUCUUACUUACUUUGCUCCUUAGGACCACCAUACUUUCUGUGUGAAAGUUCAGUUCUGUGAGCUAUCAAUUGGAUGGCAAUGUACAGGAUCCUAUGUUUUGUUCGCACCUGCAAUACUAUUCAUUCAUAGCAGUUCAAUUCCGCUCUGUCAGAAAUAACAGUCCAGCCUCCUAUCCUUGAAGGCCUUCAAAAUCCCCACACAUUUCCAAACCCUUCGACCCCACAGUCGAGAGAGCUGAAGAAGAGGAGAGUGUCGGUGUGCAAUCCAAGUAUCAGGUGGAGGUGGUCUUACCAGCCUGGCGGACUUACCUAGCGUUGAGUAGGCUUCUCCCGCAGGCACGUUUUAUAAAAAGAAAAAAAACGCAUUUUACAUGUUCAGGAAUGAUGCUGUUCAAUCUUCAGCUUGUCCCUGUAUAAGUCCUGGCUCAGAUUCUUAUUAGAAAAUCACAGCCUUAUUAGGUUUAUUGUUUAUAUUCAAUUGUGAUUGAUUGGGGGGCUUUGCUCAUUGUCAUUGACUUAAUAAAAAAUGUAAUGUAAUGAAUUCUAUAUCUUAGAGAGCCUAAUUUGUAUGAAUGGUUUGUAUUGUACAUAGUUUAUCCCGAAUUGAGCUGUGUCUGUAUAUGCACCCAUAAAGCUGUCUCCCACUUCCCACAAUCUCUCUCUCUCUCUCUCUCUCUCUCUCUCUCUCUCUCUCUCUCUCUCUCUCUCUCUCUCGCUCUCUCUCGUGAAUCCAUGAAAACAGCAACCAUGUACAUAUGCUGUAGAACUGUCAAAAUAUAUUAUAAGUAUUCAUCAAAUGUAUGACUUAAACUUUUAUUUCUGGGGGAAGGUGGGGAUGGAGGUGUACAUAUGAAUAAAAAAUACUGUAAGUUUUAUCAG